AUCCAUCUAUACAAGUUUAUCUCUUCUUCAUAAUUUUCUUCCAUUAGUAUUUCUCCUAAAAUAAUUUUUUCUUGAUGUUGGAAACAGAAACUGUCUUAGAAGAAAUGGAAGAAAAAAUAUUAGAUGGAGAAGUAGAAGAAGUAGAAGGCAAAAAAUAUGGAGAAGAAAUAGAAGAAAUAUUAGACGAAGAAGUAGAAGGCAACAACUAUGGAGAAGAAACAAUAGACGAAGACGAAAUAGAAAUUCAGACUGAUACUAUUUUAGAAGAAUUUGUCCAAGGAGAAGUAGAAGAAGAAUAUUACGGGGAACAAAAACAAGAUUACAUACAUAUUCAGGCAGAAAUUAUUUUAUCGAACAUUGAAAGAAAGUUAAUGUGGGAUAAAUAUAAACUCUUUGUUGAUGAAAUAGUAUUUACUGAGUUACAAGAUGCGACUCUUUGCAGUCUGAAGUAUAUCAACGAUGAAAUAACAAUUCCAAAUGGAUCUUUAGCAAUAUUUAUUGUCAUAUACCUUCUCGAUAAUGAUAAUUUCCCCCGUUUCUCGCCUAAUUUGGAAAUCGAUGAUGAACCAAAUUUCUAUGGAUUAAUUACUUCUUUACUUGAAGACAUGGUUGAAAUGGGAUUGUACAUGGAAAGAAUUGCUGAUAGCUAUCCACCAUAUAAUGUAGAUAUUAGGAAUGUUGAAAAGGUGGUGGAAUAUAUAGAUAAUAUACUUGAUCAAGUUAAGAUUACAACCAAUAAGGCUCUUGAAUAUAUUGUACAGUACCAAGAGUAUUCUAUGGUAUGGCUAACUAAUCAAAAUGAUGCAUUGUCAUCUUUUCUAUUAUAUGGUAGAGAUCUGUCAUUGGAAGAACUAGAAAUUCAAUAUGACGUUGAUGAAGACGGAAAUCCAUUAGUAAUACAUUCUGCUCCAAAACUGAUUGAUUUUCAAAACAAAAUUAACUCAUUUGAUAAUAUUUAUCAAAAAGUCGAUAAAAUAGAUGAAAUCGUGACGUUUGAUUUUUGGUUAACUUUAGACAUUAAACCAUUUAAAAGGGAUCUUUUAAAACUAAUUACAAGUUGGUCAGAUUUAUUUAAAACUUAUUUGGUCAACAAAGUGGUGAACAGUUUGCGUUCAUUACGAGAUUUCACAUUAGAAACAGAUAUUGGUCUUUUAAAACCAUUAGAAGAAGGGGACUAUGAAGGUCUUGUUAAAAUCAUGGGACAUUUAUUUAAUGUUCGAGAGAGACAAGAAGAAUAUGAUUCAAUGUUCGAGCCAAUAGGAGAAAUAUUACAUCUACUUAAAGUGUAUGACGUAGAAAUGCCAGAAGAUGUGUAUAUUUUGAAGCAGGAAUUACCGGAAAAAUGGAGCAUAACUAAGAAAAAUGCUUUGAACGUCAAAUCUCAAGUAAUUCCUUUAAUUCAAAUAGAAGGAUCAUUAAUAAUCGGGAGAAUAAUUUUGUUAAACGUGCGAGAAACGUUUUUCAAAAUGAACUUUAUAAAACAGGCUCAAUUUAAUGCAAAUUGUGAAAAUCCUUACAUAGAGAUUGAUAAUGCAAAUCAUUCUUUAAUGGAAUUAGAAGAUUUGCAUGAUAAAUUACUCUCUCAAGCUGUAUUAUUUGAAAUACCACAACCAGAGCCAAAUAUAUUAUUAUCAACUAAAAAAACUUUACGCCUCAAUAAACAGCUGUGGGAUUUUGUGAACUUAGUUACAGGCUGGAUAGACUUGUGGAAAUCGACAUUGUGGAAUAAUGUAGACACUGAGUAUAUGGACAUGGAACUUAAACGGUUUGCAAAAGAGUUAAGAGUAAUGGAUAAAACUAUUCGCGAUUGGUCUGUAUAUGUAUACAUUGAAGACUUGAUAAAAACCAUGAUGACGUCUUUGAGAGCAUUAAGUGAACUACAAAACCCAGCUAUGAAAGAACGCCAUUGGGCGGAACUUAUGAAUGUUACAAACGUUAUAUUUUCUAUUGAGAAAUCAACAACACUAAAUGAUUUAGUAUCACUUAAUUUACAUGUGUAUGAAGAUGAAAUAAAAACAAUUGUCGAUAAAUCUGUAAAAGAAAUGAGUAUGGAGAAAUCCUUGAAAGAAUUUGCUGAAACUUGGAAUACAAUGUCAUUCGAGUAUCAGCCUCAUCCUAGUACAAAAGUUAAUUUGCUUAAAGUCAAGGAAGAAAUAAUAGAAGUCUUAGAAGACAAUCAAGUCCAAUUACAAAAUAUGCUAAGCUCGAAGUUUGUUGGAUAUUUUUAUAAUGAAGUGUCUGGUUGGCAAUUAAAGUUAAACACGGCUGAUCGAUUAAUUAAUUUUUGGUUGGAAGUACAGAGAAUAUGGGCUUAUCUGGAAGCAAUAUUUAUUGGUUCUGGAGACAUUAGAGUACAAUUACCAGAGGAUACGAGGCGAUUCGAAUUACUUGACAAAGAAUUUAAGGCAUUACUAGUGGAUAUUAGAGCUAAUCCAAACGUUAUAAAAGGUACUGGUAAACCUGGAUUGUAUAACAAACUUGUUAAUAUUCAAAAUGAGCUGUUUAAAUGUGAAAAAGUGUUGGCACAAUACUUGGAAACAAAACGUUUAACUUAUCCAAGGUUUUAUUUCAUAUCAUCGGCCGAUUUAUUAGAUAUACUAUCAAAUGGGAAUAAUCCAGAGUCCGUUUGCAAACAUUUGAUCAAAUUAUAUGACUCUAUGGCAAAAAUAAAGUUUAUUAAAGAUAAAUUAGGGGUUGGCAUGUAUGCCAAAGAUGGCGAAUACGUUGAGUUUGAUGGAAGCUGUGAAUGUUCUGGACAAGUUGAAAAAUGGCUAAAUAAAUUGACAGAUAUAAUGCGUUCAUCAGGCCGUCAGUACUUUAGCAAAGCAGUAAGAUCCUAUGAUGAGAAACCAAGAAGAUUAUGGAUAUUUGAUUACCCAGCUCAAACAGCUUUAUGUGGUGUUCAAAUAUGGUGGACUGCUGAAACUAACGAUGCCUUUACUCAACUUGAAAUAGGUCAUGAAAACGCUCUAAAAGAAUACAACAAAAAACAAAUAGUGCAGUUGAAUGAACUUAUUGAUUUAUUAUUGGAAGACUUGACCAAAGGAGACCGCCAAAAAGUGAACACAAUUUGUACUAUUGACGUGCAUUGCCGGGAUGUAGUUGCAAAAAUGGUUCAACAAAAAAUUGAAACUGGUUCUGCUUUUCAGUGGCAAUGUCAACUAAGACACAGAUGGGAUUUAAAAGAGUCAGAUUGUUUUGCCAACAUUUGUGACGCGCAAUUUCGGUAUUGGUAUGAAUACUUGGGAAAUACUCCUAGAUUGGUUGUGACUCCCUUGACAGAUAGAUGUUAUAUAACGUUAACACAGUCAUUACAUUUAAUAAUGGGUGGAGCUCCUGCUGGACCAGCCGGUACUGGAAAAACUGAGACAACCAAAGAUUUAGGGAAAGCUAUAGGAAUGAUGGUCUACGUUUUUAAUUGCUCCGAACAAAUGGAUUUUAGAUCAUGUGGUAAUAUAUACAAAGGUCUUGCUCAAACUGGUGCUUGGGGAUGUUUUGAUGAAUUUAAUAGAAUAUCCGUAGAAGUAUUGUCUGUGGUGGCAACUCAAGUUAAAUCUGUGUUAGACUCCAUUAAAGCGAAAAAGAACACCUGUUUUCUGUUGGGUGAUAAUGUUAAUCUCAUUCCAACUAUUGGUAUGUUUAUUACGAUGAACCCUGGUUACGCGGGACGAGCAGAACUUCCUGAAAAUCUUAAUACAUUGUUCAGGCCUUGUGCUAUGGUUGUACCAGAUUUUGAAUUAAUUUGUGAAAUUAACUUGAUUGCUGAAGGUUUCCAAAACGCAAGGUUACUUGCUAGAAAAUUCUUAACGCUUUACUCGCUUUGCAAAGAACUCUUAUCAAAACAAGAUCAUUAUGAUUGGGGAUUAAGAGCUAUUAAGUCGUUAUUAGUUGUUGCCGGAUCAUUGAAGCGGGCAGAUAGAAAUCGUCCCGAAGAUGAAGUUUUAAUGCGAGCUCUUCGAGAUUUUAACACUCCAAAAAUUGUAACUGAAGAUACUACUAUAUUUAUGGGACUUAUUGGUGAUUUGUUCCCUGCACUAGACGUGCCCCGAAAACGUGAUUUUGAAUUUGAAAAGCAAGUUCGUCAAGCUACAAUUGACUUGAAACUCCAGCCAGAGGAUAAUUUCAUUCUUAAGGUAGUGCAACUAGUGGAGUUAUUAGAAGUUAGGCAUUCAGUUUUCAUAAUUGGCUUAGCCGGUACGGGCAAGUCUGAGGUGUGGAAAACGCUGUAUAGAACUUAUGCAAACCUGAAAUUUAAACCAUAUUAUAAUGACAUUGAACCAAAAGCAGUAACUAAUGACGAGUUGUUUGGCGUAAUUAGUCCGACUACAAGAGAAUGGGUGGACGGAUUAUUUUCGUGCCUGAUAAGAGAUCAAUCACAAAUGUCUGGUGAUGGAUCCAGAUGGAUGGUAAUGGACGGUGACAUAGAUCCUAUGUGGAUUGAGUCUUUAAACACAGUGAUGGACGAUAAUAAGGUGUUGACUUUGGCAAGCAAUGAACGUAUUGCCCUGACGCCAACAAUGCGUCUGCUGUUUGAGAUAUCCAAUUUGCGAUCUGCCACACCAGCCACUGUUUCCCGAGCUGGUAUACUCUACCUAAACCCUACAGAUCUUGGCUGGAAUCCAUAUGUUUCUAGUUGGAUUGACACAAGGGAUAAUGCAACCGAAAAAGCUGCUCUUCUGGUACUUUUUGAGAAAUAUGUGCCCAUCUGCUUAGAAGCACUCAAAACAAAAUUCAAAAUCAUAACACCUAUACCGGAAAUAACUCACAUACAAAUGUUGUGCACGUUACUUGAUUGUCUUCUGACUCCCGUCAAUUGUCCCCCGGAAACCACUAGGGAUGUGUACGAAACGUAUUUUGUGUUUACUUGUCUUUGGGCUUUCGGUUCUGCAACUUUCCAAGAUCAGUUGAUUGAUUGGCGAGUUGAAUUUUCCAAAUGGUGGGUAACAGAGUUUAAAACGAUUAAAAUCCCAUCAUCAGGAAGUGUGUUCAAUUAUUUCAUCGAUCCUGAAUCAAAACAGUUUCUUCCUUGGUCAGAUCUUGUAUCAUCAUUUGAACUGAAUCCAGAUAUACCUCUACAACAAACACUAGUAAACACAAUAGAAACAACUAGGAUUAGAUAUUUCCUUGAUUUAUUGGUUGAUAAGAAAAAGGCAAUUAUGUUGGUCGGAGCUGCUGGUACUGGAAAAUCGGUCAUAAUUAAUGAUAAACUCAAAUCACUUUCUAAUGAUUUGUACGCUGUUGCAAAUGUACCGCUUAAUUUCUACACAACAUCUGAAAUGUUACAAAAGAUUUUGGAAAAACCAUUAGAGAAAAAAGCUGGAAGAAACUUUGGACCACCCGGUGGUAAAACACUAAUAUAUUUUAUUGACGAUAUAAACAUGCCCGAAGUCGAUCCUUAUGGAACCGUGCAGCCUCAUACCCUCAUCAGACAAUUUAUGGAUUACAAUCAUUGGUAUGAUAGGACAAAAUUAUGUCUAAAAGAUAUACAAAACGUUAUGUUUGCUUCGAGUAUGAAUCCAACUGCUGGAAGUUUUACUAUUGAUUCUCGACUGCAGAGACAUUUUUAUGUUUUUGCUAUGGGAUUUCCAUCACGUGAUGCAUUAUACUCAAUCUACUCUUCGAUUUUAACUCAACAUUUAAAAAAUCCAGUUAAUAAAUUCAACAGUACCGUGUUAAAAUUAGGAGAUUUAAUUGUACAGUUGGCGAUCAAUUUUCAUGACAAAAUUCUUACAGUAUUUUUGCCUACAGCUAUUAAGUUUCAUUAUAUAUUCAAUCUUAGAGAUAUGAGCAAUGUUUUUCAAGGAAUUAUGUUCACCACGGGUGAAUGUGUCUCAAAUACUAGUUCUUUCAUUCGCCUCUGGCUUCACGAGACUAGUCGAAUUUAUUGUGAUAAAUUGAUUGAAAAAAAAGAUCAAGAAACCUUUUCAAAAACAAUUAUUGAACAAAUAAAGAAAACUUUUAGUAACCUAGUAAUUGAGGAUAUACCAGAAAAUGAAUACUUGAUAAGCCCAUUGAUAUAUUCACAUUUUGCGGACGGUAUUGGUGAUCAAAAAUACAUGCCUGUGAGGUCAUGGCCAAUACUCCAAAAAUUACUAAACGAUGCAAUGAAGUCAUACAAUGAAUUUCUGGGGGCUAUUAAUUUAGUGCUAUUCGAAGACGCGAUGUCACACGUUUGCCGGAUAAACCGUAUUCUUGAACUUCCUAGAGGCAACGCGUUGCUCGUUGGUGUUGGUGGCAGCGGUAAACAAUCAUUGGCUCGCCUAUCAGCUUUUAUAUCUUCGCUAGAACCAUUCCAAAUACAGUUGAGGUCUUCAUAUGGCAUUGCCGAUUUGAAAGCUGACCUAGCCACCUUAUAUCUAAAGGCAGGGUUAAAAAACAUUGGCAUCAUGUUCCUGAUGACUGACUCUCAAGUGGCCGAUGAGAAGUUCCUUGUGCUCAUUAAUGAUAUGCUGGCCAGUGGCGAGAUUCCAGAGCUGUUUGCUGAUGACGAAAUUGAUAAUAUAAUUCAAACCAUCGCCCCAGAGGUUAAAGCAUCUGGUUUACCUGAAACUAAAGAGAACUGCUGGCAUUUUUUCAUCAACAAAGUGAGGUCAUUAAUAAAAAUUGUCUUGUGUUUUUCACCCGUUGGUAGCACAUUAAGAGUUCGAUCUAGACGAUUUCCAGCUCUAGUUACUUGCACUUCUAUCAACUGGUUUUACGAAUGGCCUAAAGAGGCAUUGGAAUCCGUAUCAUUCAGGUUUUUAGGCGAUUUGGUCGAACUUCCAGUCAAACUUAGAAGAUCAGUAUCUUUGUUUAUGUCCCAUGUGCAUAGUUCAGUAAAUGAUAUGUCACUAAGGUAUUUAACAAAUGAUCGUCGUUACAAUUAUACAACGCCAAAAUCAUUUUUGGAACAAAUUAAUCUCUACAUGAAACUAUUAGUGUCAAAGACCAAUGAUAUUAAGUACGGAAUCUACCGAUUCCAAAAUGGUAUUAAACAACUUUUAUCGUGCGCUGCUCAAGUCGAUAUUUUAAAAGUCGAAUUAGAUGUACAAGAGAUUGAAUUAUCUAAGAAAAAUACUAAAGCUGAAGAGCUAAUCAAAGUGGUCCAAAAAGAAACAGAAAAAGUGAAGUAUGAAAAAUACAAAGCUGCUGAAGAAGAAGACAGAGUUAAAUUGAUUGAAGAAGAUGUUGGUUUGAAACAACGAUUGUGUGCAGAAGAUUUAGAAAAAGCAGAACCAGCGUUGGUAGCUGCACAAAGUGCUUUAGAUACAUUAAAUAAAAAUAAUUUAACAGAACUGAAAUCAUUUGGAUCACCUCCAUUAGCUGUAAUAAAUGUAGUAUCAGGAGUUAUGGUAUUACAAGCCAAAAAAGGAAAAGUUCCAAAGGAUAGAAGCUGGAAAGCUUGCAAGGUAAUGAUGGCAAAAGUUGAUGGAUUUUUAGAUUCGCUUAUAAACUAUGAUAAAGAGCAUAUACACCCGGAU